UAUACUGAGGCGAGGGCCAAAACAAUUGGUGCAAAAUCAGGAGGAGGAGGUGGUGGUGGUGGCGGAGGCGGAGGCGGCGGCGGCGGCAGCGGGGGUCUAACCUGGGUGACAUUGUUUGAUAAUCAGAACAAUGCUUCAAAAAAAGAAGAACCAGAACACACAAAUAAAAAUGAUUCAAAGAAGAUGUCUGUUGAAAGAGUUUAUCAGAAAAAGACUCAGCUUGAGCAUAUACUUCUCCGUCCUGAUACAUACAUUGGUUCAGUGGAACCUUUGACUCAGACGAUGUGGGUGUUUGAUGAAGACAUAGGAAUGAACUGUAGAGACGUUACCUUUGUUCCUGGCUUGUACAAGAUCUUUGAUGACACUGUCUCCAGGGUAUAUACAUACACAUAA